AUGGCUACAUUAGCAUAUUCAGUUGGAAAAAGAAUGUUUGAGACAAAGCCAUCCACUAUGAAUGCAGAAAAUACGACUAACGAAUAUGUGGAUUUUGACACCUCUGAUGAGACAGAAACGAAAACUGGUAUUGUGGCUGAUGAUACGGGCAGUGAAGUGAUAAGAAGGCUGACGACAAUUGAAACAAAACUAGCCGUUAUCGAAGAGAGGUUGAGCCGCGUAGAGAAUAUAGAAGAGAUGCUGACUGAAAUUCUGAGUCGACUUCCUGAAACAGAAACAGGCAGAAUCUGCUACACUCAUACAACUCCUGAAUUUGUGGCAGAGCUGAGGACAUUGAAGGGCGCUAACGUCACACAAUUCGCCUUAGAUUUAGAAGCAGAAAUAUAUAAGAGCGAUUCUUUGGAGUUGGACUUGCCUGUAGGAAGACGUAAGAAAACAAAGGAUAGAGUGCUUUUUUUGAAGCAGUGUGUCAACGAAUACUACUCGGUUCCGCCACAUCUGAAGAAAGCAACAUGGAACAAGGUCCGUGAAUCAUUGGAUAGUAGAGUGCGAAGACGCAAGAGACUUCAGAACGUGUAAUACAACCCUUCUCACCUUCUCAAUGGAUUUAUUAUUUGUUGUUUCUUGUUGUUGUCAGUUCAAAAGUACUCGUGUAGAUCAUAAGUUUCCGAAGAAUGAAGUCUUAAAGCCAUAAAA